AUGUCGACUUCGUCGGGAACGCCAGAGUCAUGGAUUUCCUCAUUUUGCAGUCUUAUCGGCCAUGAGUACUUUGCAGAGGUGUCGGAGGAAUUCAUUGAGGAUGAUUUCAACCUCACUGGGUUGCAAACACAGGUUCCGAUGUACAAGGAGGCACUGGAGAUGAUCUUGGAUGUCGAGCCCGAAGACGACGAGGAUGAGGAGGACGAGGAAGAAGAGGACGAGAUUGACGAGUCCGGCGAUGGAGUAGGCGCAGCAGCGAGGCACGGGGAGCGCCGCAACCACAGUCGCAUAGCGAGCGAUCUCUCCAUGAUCGAGUCGUCGGCCGAGUUAUUGUACGGCCUAAUCCAUCAACGAUUCAUAUGCUCGCGCGCCGGCAUCCAGCAAAUGUCAGAAAAAUACGAGCUCGGUCAUUUUGGAUCGUGUCCGCGGACCAACUGCAACCUAGCCAGGACCCUACCUGUUGGGCUCUCGGACAUACCAGGAGCCGGGACGGUCAAACUCUUUUGUCCCAGCUGUCUGGACGUAUAUGUCCCACCUAACAGUCGAUUCCAGACUGUGGAUGGUGCAUUUUUCGGAAGGACGUUUGGCGCGCUCUUCCUCAUGACUUUCCCCGAGUUCGACCUCACCAAACACGGAGCCGAUGCGCUGUCGGGCGGCUCACACUCGUUGAGCAGCAUGCGGCUGCAGGGUGAGGAUGCCAGCGGUGUUGUGGUCAACGGCUUCCACGCGCGUAAUAUUGCGCCGGGCCUUGGCCGCGGCAAGAUAUACGAGCCGAGGAUCUACGGUUUUCGCGUAUCCGAGGUUGCACGGUCAGGCCCCCGGAUGCAAUGGCUGCGUGACAAGCCUGAAAACGUGACCGAGCUCGACGAGGCAAAGAGGUACAUCGAGGAACACCCAGACACGGAUGACGAGGAGGGAGACUUGAACAUGAAUCGAAACGGGGCGUCGUCGCGAAGACGACCGGUGGGAAACGCACGGCUUCGGCAACAGAGGAGGCAACAGAAUGGCAGUCCAAUGGCAGUGACGGAAACAAAUGGGGCAGAGUCGGAAUUGUGA